GCUCAGAGCGCAUCUAUAUACGGAAUCGGAACCCGGGUUGCCCAGCCAAGUAUAUAUUUACUUGGCCCAUCGGAAAGUAGCUUAUCAGGCAGAAAGAGAGUCCAGCUGGCGAGGCCCGCUAAAAUUCGGCAACAGUACAGUCGUACGGCUCCAAGUGAUCGCAAGUGGAAGGUUCUUCAGUCGCAUUCGAUCCCAAGAUCUCAGAAAUCCUUUAAAACAAAAAACCAAAAAAUAAUGUCAGCAAAGAGAAUGGAUUUAAAUAGACGCACCUUUUUGGUGCUGAGCGGCAGCUCGAAUCCUUUGGGUCAAUCCCUGGCUCUGGAGUUCUGCCGUCGCCUGGCCACCGGAUCCCUGGCCCUGAUCCUGGACGAGGAUCAGCAGCAACUGCGGGAACUGGAGAGCCUGCUCCAGAACGAGUUGAAAACGGAUGCUGUGAAAGUGAAGACCGGAAGACUGGACAAAACCCACUCGAAUGGUGUGCAGUUAAUGGAGCAGGCUCUGCAGGAUUAUUUCGAGGAGGGAAAGCAGAAUUCCUUUGAGCGAUCCAUAAUCGUGCACAACGAGGGACAGGCGGCCACCCAUGUGCUCCUGGAGCCGCAGACCGACGAGGAUUGGAAGAGCUACGUCCAGCAGCAGUUGUAUGCACCGGUGGCCCUCAACCAAAGUUGGCUGCAGUCGAAACACUUGGCGAAGGUGGAGAAGCUGGCGGUGAAUGUGACCUCCUCGCUUAUGAUUCGUCCGUUGGUCCAUGCCGGACUGCUCUGCUCCUGCAAGCGGGCCAGGGACAUGUACUUCCGCGCCAUGGCCGCCGAGGAGUAUCGCUUCGGUGUCCACGUACUCAGCUUCUCGCCCGGCCUGAUGGCCAGCCAUCAGAGCCAGUGCGAUGUGAACGGCAAUCGGAUCACGCCCGCCGAUCUGAUCGCCUCGAAGGAGCUGCUCCAGCUGCCCAGGAUCCAGCCGCGCCAGGCCACCCUCAAGCUGAUCAAUAUUCUCGAGGAGAUCUCCUUCGUCUCCGGGCACGAUGUCGACUACUACGACACCUUCGUUUUAUGAGUAGCAUCGUGGCGGUGGCCUAUGUCCCCGAUGGACUCGGUUCUGUACUUGGUUGACGAUUUGGAGCAAGUUUUUGAUUUGAUUGCCUUGGAAAUGAAUAAAAUCUGGCUGACGACCCUGCUUUUAAUCCUGGAAGUGCAACAAGAACAAGCACACGAACAGGAAAACAAAAAAGAAA